AUGCAAAAUUGCCUAAUUUGGCGUGACGCGUCGCAAAACGCGAUAGUGGCAUUUCAAAAGAAAAUUCCAACUCCAAUCUGUCGAGGAGGCGAUCUUCCAAUGGAAACCCAGAAACAAGUCAGCGCUUACUUGAUCGAAAAGUAUGAGGAAGCAUUGAGUCAGAAUUUGAAAGGCGAGAAAUCGCAAUACGUUUUAGAGACAUUAAACAAGAAGCCGCUCGAGAAGAACGCUGAACUCAAAGGUGUCGAUUCGGAAUACAUUCUCCGAUCGUUGCAGAAGCAGGCGGAAGAGAAUCCGAAUAUUUCUCGUGAUGCCCCACACCGUCCUUUAUUGGUGGCGGCUCCGGUGAGCGCCAAAGAGCUCCGAACCCAAAUCGAAUCUUUGGAUAAUGCGGUCGUGGUGCCACAGAUUGUCAAUGGAAAGGUGUACUUCACAACACAUGGUGAAGCUGAUACGAAGACAGCCGUCGAAGGAAGCACUUCGAAUCCUAACCUUCAGGCUUCUGGUGGCCAGUUGAAAGAAGGCGUCGAUCUGUCAAAGGUCAAGUUCACAUUUGCGCAGCUCGUGCAGCUCCUUGGACCAGCUACUUGUGAGCGAUUGGAGCGCGAGUUCGCCAAACAGAACAAACUGUCGGAGGCUGAGAUCGCUCAGCUGAAGACUGCUCGCGAAUCGGCGUCAUCAACCAAUUUGCUCACCGCACAAUCUCCUGAGCCGAAUCUGUUGAGCACUCGAACUGCCAACUCUGUCGAGCCCAACUUGCUUACCGUCCAUUCGGCGAAGAGUCCCGGAUUGGCGACGCAGAUCUUCCAGGCGCAGAGCCCUGGAAUUAACACUGCUCAGCCGCUGGAGCCGAAUCUUCUGAGCACUCACACGGCGAACUCUUUGGAGCCCAACCUUCUCACCGUUCACUCGGCAAAGAGUCCGGGACUUGCGACGCAGAUAUUCCAAGCGCAGAGUCCCGGAAUCCAAACGGCUCAGACGCCGGAGCCGAAUUUGCUGAGCACCAAAACGGCGGCGUCGGCUUCGACGAGCUCUGUCAGCGGAAAACCAUCGACCGAUGUGUCGACGUGCAUCGAGUUCACCGCUCCAACGAGCGAUGUGGAAACUGCGCUCGGCGCGAGUCAGAUGUCGUCGAAAGAUGUGAACACGGCUGUUGAGCUAUUGUCAUCGAUCAAGUCGUCUCAAGACGUUCAAACUGCCAAAGAGAUUCUCUCGUCGAUCAAAUCAUCUCAAGAUGUCAAAACUGCUAUCGAAAUCGCGAGAAGCGGAUCUUCUCAAAAUGUUUACACGGCUACCGAUUUUGAAGCCAAAAGAUCGUCGAAAGACGUUGCAACGGCGAUUGAAAUCGGCUCGACUACGGACUCGCAGACUAGCACUGCCAAUUUGGGUCCAUCACUUUACAAGGAUGAUGAUGGAUUGAAGAUGACGAUUUAG